AUGGUCCUGUGGAAUGGUCUAGGCCAAGCUGCCACUGUCGCACAACUGUCAGGACUUGACGCUGGUGGGCUGAUCUGGAUGAUCAUCCAGGCUGUGCAAACUGCUCAGCGGAACAGGGAGGAGUGCAGGCAGCUUGCAAACCAUGUGAUGAUAAUCAGCGACCUACUGCAGCUGCUUCAGCAGCCAGGAAUGAUGAGUUCCCCACAGAUUAGUAGACCACUAGAUGGAUUGAAGGACACACUCCGGCAAGCGUACAUGCUAGUCACAUCCUGCCAGAGGAGCAGCACCAUAUACCGCUUCUUCAUGGCUGGAAAUCGGGCUCAACAGUUCCGCGAUGUACGGAAUAAAAUUGAUUCAUAUCUCCGUAUCUUCCCUUUAAUGAGCCACAUCGACACCAGAUAUUUUAUGAACAGAUUUUGCAGAGGUGCCCAGCCCCAGGCUUCAGAAGAGGCUCUAGGGUCAUUUACCAGUAAUUUAAGUGCUGAUGCUCGGUCCGAAGCAAGUGCUUUUGAUGAAAAUGAAUCAGCAGAAGUUCGAGAAGGAACUGAGUCACUUUCAGUUGGGCAACAGCAAGAAGGCCUAUCUGUAGGUUAUGGGAAUGCUGAAUUGUUGCCAAGUAUAAGGAAUCCAUUUAGGUGGCUUGUUUGGUGGGUACAAAGGGAGGCAUCAACAGCUCAGUCCAUCAAUCGUCUCAUUGGUCAUCAAGGAAUAGGCUUUACAGUUUUCAGCUUCUCUCAGCUGGCUGCCUCUACAAAUAAUUUCUCAUCUAGCAAUAUCGUUGGAAGAAUCAGCCAUGGUAAUGUUUACAAGGGUGUAUUGUCAAAUGGGGUUCAUGUUGCAAUUAAAACCAGACGAGAAGAUACAUCUGGUGUAUCUGAUUUUCAAAAUGAGCUUCAGAUUGUCCGAAAUCUUCAGCAUGCAAAUAUCAUUAAACUUGUCGGUUGUUGCAUUGAAGGAGACAAUCGGAUUAUUGUCUAUGAAUAUAUGACAAGCGGAAAUUUAUCCCAUAAAAUUCACGAGGUUAGAGCAGGUUGCUCACUCGCCUGGCCUGUACGGUUUCAGAUAAUUGAAGGAAUUGCCCAUGGCACAGUUUAUCUACACCAGCACUCCCGAGCACGAGUAGUUCAUCGGGAUCUGAAACCAACCAAUAUUCUCUUAGAUCAUGAUAUGACUCCUGUAAUUACUGAUUUUGGCAUAGCCGAAGUCUUAAAUUCUGAUGAAGAUGAGAAAGCAACGGAUGCAGUAGUAGGAACUUGUGGUUAUAUGGAUCCUGAAUAUUUUUGCACGAAUAUUAUCUCAACCAAGAGCGAUGUUUAUGCCUUCGGUGUAACUCUUCUUGAGAUAAUAACUGCACUACCCGCUACAUAUGGCUCAGAGAGGCAAGCAUCCUUGGUUGGCUAUGCAUGGAAAUUAUGGUCACUGGGCAGAGCAGUGGAGCUUAUUGACCCCUCACUAUCUGACGAAUCUCGAAUAGUUGAGAUACUUCGAUGCAUUCAGAUAGCACUGCUGUGCGUCCAAUUUAAUCGUGCUGACAGGCCCACUAUUUCAGAUGUUCUCAUGAUGCUAAAAUUGGAGAGUAUGACCUUACCUGUGCCUAGGCCACAUGAAGAUCCAUGGAGUUACAGAGUGAGGGGUUGGUCAGAAGAUGACAUUGAAACAGCAACAAGUACAAGCUAUACAAGUGCAGUGUGCUUGACCGAAGAAGAAGAAAGCUCUUCAUAUUUCAGCUGA